CGGGGGGUCUAUUGAGGCCUCAGCCGGCGGUUCCCUCCUCCUCCCUCCCUCCCUCCUCCUCCUCCUCCUCCCUCUCUUCCCUCCUCCACCAUGGGGGGGGCUGACGAGAAGGAUACCAACAGGUGUCCUCUUCCGUGCCUCCACCUCCACGGCGGCGUUGACGAGAAGGAUACCAAAGGUGUCCUCUUCCGUGCCUCCACCUCCACUGCCACCAGUCUUCGCGACAGGUCUGCCAAUCACUUUGGGUUCAUCUUUCGACCACUCGUCACUCCACGCACAUUCGCACCUCGUCAAGGCUUGCCACCAAGGCCAAAGCCGGCUCAUGCUUUUGAGGGCUCUGAAGCAUUUUCAUGCACACCAACGCGCGCCCCUCUUCGUCUGGCGAACUGUCAGUUCACACUGCAUUCACCACUCUCUUUCACGGCCAUGGUCAAGAAUUUCCCACAUUUCGGCUUUCUUUUUCUUCCAAUUUCCGUUCAUGUACAUACGUGGCAUGGCGAUUUUCUCCUCUUCUUUGUGUCUCUUGUCGGAGAUGUUCAGAGGGUGGUUCAAGUUGGAGUGGGAUUGUUGAUUUCAAGGGUGGUCGGGUUUCGAGCAUUGGGUUCUGGACUAUUUUUUCGGGGAGUUUGUUCAUCAAAUACAUCGUUUUGUGCUUC